AUGUCAUCGUCCCCUUUUCCCUCCUGCUUCCGCCCCUCCCCCACCACCGAUCUUCCCCCUCCUCCGCCGCCGCCCCCGCCGCCGCACUCCGCAAUCUCAAACGUCACAAUCUACCACACAGACACGGGUCCCGUGUCCCUCACGUGGUCACGCUCCGUAGUGGGUCGCUCGCUCCACAUUCAACUCCACCGCCAAUCUUUCGAUUCCAUCUCCUAUCAGCUCCACAUACGACCCUUCGUCUUCUGGAAAAAGCACGGCGUGAAGAAGAUAGCCCCUGACACAGUCCUCUUCUGGAACCUUGCCAAAGCCAAAUUCGGGUCGAACCCGGAACCCGUUUCGGGUUUCUACGUUGCCCUUGUGGUUAACAGCCACAUGAGCCUCCUCCUUGGCGACGCCGCCAGAGACGCGUAUUCGAAGUCCCGGGCCCACCAACCGGCCACGCCGCAACUGCUCCUCCUCAAGAAAGAGCACGUCUUCGCCGACCGCGUCUACUCCACGCGCGCAACGUUCGGCGGCCGGGCGCGUGAGAUUCAGAUCGAUUGCGGUUUCAGGGACCACUCCAAACUCUCGUUCAGCGUGGACGGAGAGAAGGUGCUGCAGAUUAAGCGCCUGAAGUGGAAGUUUCGCGGCAAUGAGCGCGUGGUAGUCGACGGCGUGCACGUGCAAAUCUCGUGGGACCUUUACAACUGGCUCUUCGACAAGAACAACGCCGACGCGCACGCCAUUUUCAUGUUCAAGUUCGAGGACGAGGAGGAGGAAGCGGUGGCUGAUAGGAACUUGACGGGGUUGUGGAAUUUGGGGGUUUGUGAAUGGGGCAAGACCUGGUCUUCUUCCUCGGUUUCUUCUUCUGGUGGGUCCUUCGGCGCAAGCUCCUCUGUUUUGGAAUGGUCGAGUGUGGAGGAGAAUGAAUUGGUCGUUCCCGUUGGGUUUUCUUUGCUCGUUUACGCUUGGAAACGCUGA